UUAUUAUUAUUGCAAAACAGUAUUGUAUGUAUAUGUAUGAUGUAUCAUUGUAAUUUCCAUUCGCGUUCUUGAUCCCUUUCUCUGCCUAUAAAACUGCAAAUCCAUCAAAGUCCCAAAUUUUAGGGUUUCCAUGCCCAUUGCCAGGGCAUCAUUUAUGAAGAUUUAGCGGAAGGAUUGGAAUUGGUUAUGGAUUUGGGAAGUGAAUCUGUGGAAGAAAAUGAAGUGACUCAUGAUGGAAUUGAGAACGGGACUAAGGAUGAAGGUUCCUCUGGAUUCGGUGAUGGAAAUUCUGAUGCUAACACUGAGAAAGCGGAUCAACCGGGAACGGUUGUCCAAGUGGCUUGUGAAGAAGCUGUGAAUCCCAAAGUGACGCCAACAAAGGGGUUUGGAUUGAGGAAAUGGAGGAGAAUUAGGAGGAACGUUGUUAAGGAUCCGAAUGUGAGUGUGGAUUCAAGUAAAGUCCUCAAGAGGGGCUUGUCUGGCGGUAACAAUUUGAAUGAAAUGCGUGAUGUUAAGGAAAAGAGUGAUGGGUCUCCAAAUAUGUUUGAAAAUCCUGGGUUUUCUGAUGUCUAUUCGAUCCCUGGUUCUAGUCCUGAUUCUAGAUAUGCAGUUGGCUCUGGUUUUGCUGUUGGGACUGAUUCGGAGAAUAGCGAGGAUCGCAGUAGCAAGUCUUCAACGGCAGCUAGUGAGCCCAAGUUGAAGUAUGAAAAGAGCCGAAGCAAGAAUGUUAAUUUAAAGAAUUUAGCCAACUUGACUCAACGGGUUCAACAAGGAAAUGCAAGGGUCGAAAGCAAUAAGAAACCCGGAGGAGGUGGAAAAGUCAAAAUGGAAAAGGAAAAUUCUGUUUCUAGUGUGGAAUCCGAUUCAAGAAGCUCCAACUUUAAGCAAGGCUACUUUACAGUUACUAGUAAUGGUUAUGGAGAACAUAGUGGUAGGCCCACUGGUCAGGAUGAUGGUAAUACUAGUGAAGGCGUUCACGCCAAUGAACAUUUCUCUGGAGGUGUUCAAAGCAGGUGUGGCAACAAAAACAUGGGUGAAGAUGAAGAGAACAUAGCUACAAAUUCGUCAUGGGAUGCUACAGAAGAAAAAAGUGUGAACAACCAUUCUUCAACCAAUGAAGAUCCCUUAAUUGGGUCUAUAAGUAGCCUUCAGGCUAUCCAGGAAGCACUUGAAGAAGAAGUCCUGAAAUUGAAAGAGAUGGAGAUUGAAGUUGUCUCACCAGAUGAUGACUCAACCAAGUGUAGCAGUGCAUCUGCUGGCACCACACUUCUUGAUGCAGGACUUCAUAAGCCAUACUUAUCUGGUCAAUCUGAUGCAGCAGAAGCUAAGCAGACUGCUACAAGUUCCUUGGAACUUGAGGUAUUGAGCCUGACUCAAAAUGUAAAUAUUUUGGAAAGCAAGUUGGAGGGAUUACAGGGCAUGCUUGCACUGAAGGAUUCCAGGAUUGCUGAGCUUGAAAACGCCCUAAAUAGUGGUAGGUCUCCUAAGGAAGAAUCUGCUAGCACCAUUGGUAUUUCAGAGGAAAAACGCAGAGAGGAAGAGUGCGAGCUCGAGGGCCUUUUUCUACAGAAGAUUGAAGCUGAAGUUGAAUACCUGGCCAUCACAAAGGUGAUGCAAAACUUGAAGUCCAAGGCAGAUUGUCAACGUACAUUACUUGAAGAACAAGAAAAGCUCUCUGAAAAUCAAGCACAGGUUCUCAACGAGGUGGUAGAGGCAGAGAACAGGGCUUCAGUGUUAAAGAAGAAAGCAGAAGAGUUGGAAAAGGGUGAUAGUUUAGUAGUUGAGGAGUCUUUUGUGCUUCAGAAGAGAGUGUGUAAGGUUACAUUUUGUCUUUUCGUACAAUUCAUGUUGUUAGUGUUGUUCUUUUGGGUUUUUGUGUCACAGUUAUCUUUCAGUUCUGAGGUGAUUGUACCAACAUGAGUCAGCAAAGUUAGGUUCAGUUUGUGCAUUCUCAGGUUUCUUGCUGAUAUUUGAAUGUAAAAUUUCAUUGUUAUAUAAAAAAAUAACCCUUCUUUUGAAUUUUUUUCUGGGUAGGGUUUUGCUCA